AUGCUUCUUUGUACAAGGUAGUUACACUUUAUUUAAAUGUUUAAAAUGACAAACAAUGCUGUAAUAAAUUUAUUUCUAAUAAAAUCUGUCUAACGUAAAUCAAAGCAUUUGGUUUCCAUUUUAUUUUACACAAAUAUUACUCUUUGUUAAAAGAGAACGCCCCAUGCCCACCGACAGCCUAUUAAGGCGUCGCCAAGACACGUCGUCCAAGUUAAAAAAUACAUGCAAAUUACUGAUUAAUAAUCUAUUUUUUUUAAUUUCUCAAGAAUAUAAUUGUAAACAUGUUCCCUCUUCUUUGCUCUUAAUCGAACGCAAUUAAAAUACGAUGUUCCUGUUACUAAAACUGUAUAUGCUACUUAUUUUCCCAGUCAAGUGAACGCCUAAACCAAAUCGGAAAUUAGGAAAAAAGCUUGGGCAAAUAGAAUUAUGAAACAAGCUGCACAUCAUGCAGGCUUUUUUCAAUGCAAUAGAAUGCCGUUUUCAAACUCAUUGGCGCUAAAAUUGGCCGAGGACAUCCUAAGUUGUUUAACAGUACAGCAGAGAGGACUCAUUUUUGCUGAAAGUUUCGGUGUUUCAAGGUUACAUAUGUCUGUUGGUCUGUGGCAAGUAAAUUACCGACAUUUUUUGACCUUGUCAAAGUGGCAAAUAGCAUGCACAUAGUUUGUACAUAUUUUGACUUUCUGCUCUACUUCAUAAGAUACCUCGAAUAAAAAAUAGCCUAUAGAAAUAUGUCCCAAGCUGACCUCCGACGUAUCAGGUCCACUCUUUUUUUGAGUUCUGACGUGCAUAUGCAACCUUAUAUGCUACAUUUUUUCAUGAAGGAUGAUCGAACAGUGACGAUUUUUAAUUUUUCUAUGGAAGGAAACACCGCAACCGGCAUAUGUACUCUGCGAUACAUUGUCCAAAAGAGACAAAUUAUGAAAUUUCACUGCCAUAUUAAUUUACCUGAAACUUACUUCUGGAUUUCUCACUUGGUAGGAAAAUUAACAGCAGUUUUUAUCACGAGUUUAUUUAUGCAAGUUUUAAUAUCCUUAGACAAUCUUUGUUUUUUUAAGCAAGUGAACGCUUUAUUGAUAAUACAGUCUUACAAUGAAUAUUUGAAGAAAUAGCAGAUACACGAAGGCAUAGAAUGUCAUGAAAACACUGGAGGUAGUUAUCAAUAACGUCUCUAACCCGGCCGUUGUCAACUACUUUUAAGACAAAGCACAUUCCAAUUAUUUGCAUAUUUCUGAUUUACUUUUCCCUGAUUUACUUUUACUGAGGGCUUAGUAAUGGAGAUAGUUUUCUCUUUAUAACAAUUAAAAUCAUCUUUGAAGAAAGGUGUCUUCAAGCGACCACAUAAGGCGGAAGCACAGUUGGGAAGCUGUAUGGGAUCUUUGAAUUGCAGACGACGGGUAAGAAUUUGUUCGAACAUCGCAGUCAUUUGAUGUUCUGAACUGAUUUUACAAUGUAAUCCAACUGGAAGGACAAAGCAAUACAUUUUAUAAACAUGUUGCCGGUAGAUUAGACUUUGCGAAUUUUCGUAAUUUAAAAUCAGAGUUCCUCUGUGAAUUUCUGUCCAUCAGCUGAAAAUGGUACACCAGAUAUCAGAGCACACUGACUGUCUAUUGACAGUAAAUACCCUACUUUUCUGAAGCUGUGACCAAUUUCUUACGUUAUGCGCCGAAUCUAGGGCAGAGAAUGAUCACAAUGUUUGAUUUGCACAAAGGGCAAACCUAAAAAGGAGCCCUACGUUUUCGCAUGAGUGGAUAGUCGACAUUCCUUUUUGGCUAAUUUAACGUUUGAAAAUCAGAUGAAACCAGUAAAAAUAUAAUUAAUUUUCUAUCUUAUAUUAAAUCGCAUCUUUAGGUAAGUCAGCUUUUAAAUAAAAUUGUGAAUAUACUAAAAUAAAUUUUGCUAAAUUUUGCAUAUUUAAUGUUGCCCUCAGCGAUAAAUUCUAUUCUUGCUGGUAGCCUAUCUAUAUGAGAUAUUUAAUCUUUUGCAAGAUACUUCAGAUAUUUUUUGAUUUCGCAAAAUUCAAAGAAGAAGAUGAACACUUUUAGUAUUUAAACACACAAAUGUACAUAAAAGAAUAAGAAAGCAUGUACGAAAUCUUUACUAUGUAUUUGUUGUAUACCUAAUUAACUUCGAUGGCCCUUCAUCACACAAUCGCUUUAUAACAGCCUGCCAUCUAUUGCUUAUUCAUUAUAUACUUAAAGUAAUAUAUUUUUAGGUGUAGUUAUCAGGUUUUGCCACCAUGGUCUACAGCAUAUGCAAGUCUUAAGCUAACAAAGUAGACUCAAAAUCAUAUGCAUCCUAAUAGUACUUCUGCGGAUUAAAAAUUUUGGCAAACUGUCUUGCCAGUGCUUGCAAUAGAAUACUUCAAAUAACCAACAUAUGGAUAUUUAAUAAAAAAAUAACUUAAUGCGUAGUGUCCAACGAACAAUCCUAGCUGUGCGAGAAGGUUUACAAAUUGACAACUAACGUCUGCAUUGCACUCUAUUGCGUGCAGCGCCUUUAUUAAUUACGCGUUAUCUGAAAUUAUGUUUAGGAAAAUGCUGAGCCAAUUUUAAGGUUGAUAUUAAUUAUCUAUUUCUUCCCGUUGUUGCGCUGUCGUUACCCAAGCAAAGCCAAUUUUUUCAUGAUUAAUUGAAUUCGUCUACUCAUUGAUUUAUAAAGUUUUCUUUGAACAUAAAGUAAAUACAUGAUUUUCAAAUGAUUACAUACGCAGUGUACGUAUUCACGUAGUCUUCAAUCAAAAAAUGCAAAGCCAAUUUGUAUAACGAUCACCAAAGGUCCGCCUUUCAAAAUAUGCACAUACUUAUAGUCUCUGGGAUCAACGUCAUUAUAGUAGUUCUGUGAUUAAAACUAACUGUAAUACUUUUAUUUUGUUAGUCCUUAACUGUCAAAGGAGCAUCACUUUCCUAGCAUAUAGAGCAGCGCCAGAGAGCUUGCAUGAACAAGGUUAUUAAGCUGUAUUUUAUAUAAUAUCUCAUCUGUAGUUAAAAUUGCAGCCUUCAGAUUGUAAUUUUGCAUGCAUAUUAAUCUAUCCUCAAAAGCACGAUUUACAUAGAAGAUGACUAAAAAUAUGAACAGUAAUAAAUGUUCAUUGAUAUUUUGGCAGAUUUUGACUAAUUCAUAUCGACCCAACUUUAAAAAACUCGGCGCCUCGGUGGGAUUCGAACCCACGGAGUAAGGGGAAGGCUUUAGCGCAGCCAACGCCAAAAUCGUCAAAAUCUGCCAAAAUAUCAAUGAAUUACGCGAGUCUGGUAGUCAUCUGGUGGAUUCUAGGUGAAUUACCUAGGAAAUCCUGCUUGGACAGUCAACUUACUGUAUCAGAUUUGGUGGAUUCCAGACGUUGCAGUAGGUUGGGCGGGUAACUUGACCCAAAUGUGAUUAAACUCACGUCGUUUGGAGGGGCCUCGUUUCUCAGGUGGUUAGAGCGUUGGCUGCGCUAAAGCCUUCCCCUUACUGCGUGGGUUCGAAUCCCACCGAGGCGCCGAGUAAAAAAUGUCAUGAUUUUGACACAAAGCUUUAUACAAUUCUCGUGUAUUUGAGCUUUUCCGUCUCGAGCGUAAUGAUUUAUUGAUCCUUGUUCAAGUUCACUUAAAUUUUGAUCAAGAAGCAAUUUCUGGAACAAGAAUAAUUUUAAUCUUCUUUGCAAACAGUCGAUUUUUGAGAACUCAUCAGGGCCAGUUCAAACUAAUUGUCUUUUGUUAUUGUUUAACACCUUAAUUUUUCGAACAAAAUAUCAGCAAUUUUAAUACAGUCUUGGCCCUCCUCACUCAGGUCAGGGCAACUUUUGGCCCAAUUCUCUAAUGUGCAAGGUAAUCUGAAAAGCGUUUGCAGAAUGCUUUUCACUGCCUGAAUUUGCUAAUCUACUUCAUGGCGGGAAUAUCAUUAAGUAUAUUAUUAGCUGUCUGUCUGUAUUUCGUCAAUAUUAUGCAGAUGUCCGCUAUGGCUGGUGGAACUCGGCUUAAAUAUUCUUACAUAAGACCUCGCGUCCUUGACCACAGACCUUAAAAAUAUUGAUUUUCUACCCGUUCGCAGAUAACUUCUUAGGAAAUAUAGAGACAACAGUCGUCCUUCUGCUUCGGCUUAAGAGCUCAAUAUGACUAAGUAUACAUCUCCAAUACAAAGCAAUGGGCAUUAUUUUGCCUUAACUUGCCAUUCUCAAUGAAGCAUUAGGAUAGUUAAUUGCCCUGGGUAUGCAAUAACAAUUUCAUGUGUAUCCGAUGUUGCUUGCGAUGAUGUGUUCGAGCAUGGUUCUAAAGAGUAAGAUGAAUAAGUCUGAUUUUUCAGCAGUGGAAUGAACCCCUAACCUCGAAUUCGAUAACCAAUACGUCGCCUCUCGCGGUCUUCCGGAUCGCAGUUCCUGCAGAGUGUACAUGAAAAACACACUCGCGCCCUUAUAUGAACACUUAUAUAGGCGACAUUCGUGUCCGUAUCGCUCUAAUAGAAUCUCCACAGAUUUGAAUGACUUCUAUCUUUUUGUUUUUAUGCCAUGUUUUGGCAAGAUUUGAAGCAAUAGUCAAAGUUAUCGUAGUGGUUGGCGAAGGUGGCAGUUACUCAAAUUUAUUUCACAAAUUAAUCCAACAAUGUAAUUCCGCGAAUUUACUCUAAUUUUUUUUCGGCUUUUAAAUGAAUUGAAAGCGAUCUGAUGAUUUUCAAAAUGGCACUGUGAAUGACCUUGCAUUCAAUACCGCUUAAACUAGGGUCGUUUAUUUUACAUGAGCAGUAUGUGCCUUUGAUGUGGCGGCACGUCAUUUGGCGACAAUGAUAGCCACCUGCGCCGUCGCCCAUCUGCACUCUUCUGAUCGAUUUUUUAAAGUCAGAGGCAAUUAGGAAAGGAGGAGAUGAUAGGCUAUAAUAAUAAUAAGAAUAAUUUUACUGAAGAUUCGUGGGGGUCCGUUCAGAGGAAGUAGGAAUUACUUUCACAUGAAUUUUAGAAUUUUAGAACAGGUGUGCAGAACGUUAACAAUACUUACUCCAUACUUAUUGCAUAAGUAAUAUGUUACGAAAAAUGAUAAGUGAGCAGUGAAAAAAACUCCCAAUAUGUAAACGAAAGGAGUAUGACUGGAUUAAAAUAACUCCUGAAACAACUAUCGCUUCUGAAUACAAAGUAGGCAGGACCGGCCCAGUAUGUGGCAGUGUACAAAUGAUUGUAUAAGGGGUAAGUAGGCGCCUCAGGCAGGACUGGCAUGUAUGCGGUAUUGAGUAAAAGGUUUGAAACGGGUCAUCAUCAGGGCAGAAUUUAAAUGCCAAAUGAGGUCAUUCAUUUCAAAGGGGCGAAAAGAAAACCAGUAUAUAGGCGAUCGGUCACAGUCAGCCGAGGAGGGGUCAACGGAGAUGCGACCAGACUUCCAGUAUAUGGCGUAUACAGAGGAUUGCGCUCACAGCGUCGAUAGAGCAUUUUCUCUAAAGGGGACGAUGCAUCAACUGUAAAUUUAUAAUGCCAUCUAUCUAUUUUUUUAAAAUCAAUAAUGCCUUAUUCGCCGGGCCUGUUCUCACCCAACUGCAAAGCACGAGUUGAGCAUCGUCAGUCACGAAGGCUGACGCGAAUUGUCUCAUUCGGCGUAUAAAUUCGGCAGUCACAAUAUCCGUUUUCAAUCUCUUUUAAAAUUGCACAUGCAAGCCAGUCCUCUCUGAUUAUAAUCUGUUAUAUAUUUGUGUCCUAUUAUGAGCGACAAUUUUUGUUCUGCAGUCAAGUUAUUACAAUUAUCAUUUAAUUAUUUUGUGAAGUUUUUUUAAAUGAUCGUUCAAUAUAUUUCUUAACAAAGAACGAAUUCAUCAUCUUAAAAGUGCGAAUGAAGACGAAAUUUCCAGUUCCAGGUGUAUGCAUCAGUGAAGAAGAAGAGUCGAGCACCGGAACUAUUCGUUUAUUAUUCUGAGCUUUCAGACUCGUACAGGAGUCCUUCGUCAGAGGUAAUGGCAGAAACAGGACAGGUGGCAGUUAUAAGACACGAAGGCCCCAAUCAUCGACCGACGUCGCAAAACUGGAGGUGACUACGAAGGGCUCUGUACGCCGGCGCCACCAAAAUAGUAGCCCACGACGGAAGCAAAACAGGCCGAUAAUUGAUUGAAGCCUGGGCCUCGGAUGAGGACUCGAUCAAUCUAUUUAUCGAUCUGUCGCCGGCGUACAGAGCCCUUAGUAGUCACCUCCAGUCGUGCGACGUCGGUCGAUGAUUGGGGCCUGCGUGCCUUAUAACUGCCGCUUGUCCUGUUUCUACCAUUACCUCUGACGAUUGACUCCUGUACGAGUCUGUAAGCUCAGGAUAAUAAACGAAGUGUUUCGGUGCUCGACUCUUCUUCUCCACUUAAAGGUGCCUUCUGAAGACAUUUUGUCCACCCUGCCUCAAAUUCAUAUGAAAGUUUAUUUUUGUUCUCUUUGAUGGUACCCUGAAGGGGCUUUAAUACAAGUUUUUAUUUAAACGAUAAUUUGGCGAGCAAACGUUUGCUUUCCAUAAAUUAUCUUUUGGCAUGUACACUGACUGUCGAUUGAACUAAAUAAGCUGAAACUCGGGUUUAGAGGAUACGGAAGGUUAGGGGAGUUGGUGGAGAGUGAAACACUACAAUUCCAGUCAACGCAAGGGAGAAGUGGGCACCGGCGAAGGAGUAAAUUUACUCCUUCACCUGCCCCUGUGGGACAGAAUAUAUUGGUCUCAUGAGCCGGCGUUUAUCCAAAAGAAUAAAUGAACAUCUUACAGCAUGGGUUGGUAAGGGGCAAGCAAAGGACCUCAAUAGCACAAUACUCGUCACAUGGUAGACGCAGACCACCGUGUAGACGCCAGAGAGCCCUUGAUAGUGAUUAACGAGGUUCCAUCAAUCUCUCCAAAACUCCUUGGGCUGUGCUUGUUGGCUACGGCAGAGGGGGCUGCAAGCGGGCUACGUGGACCGGUCUUAUGCGCACAGAAAAACCUUAUGCAGAUCCCACAGUUGCGAUGUGUCAAAACUAAUAAGCCAGCCACCUGCAUCUAAUUUCCUCGCUGGGACCCACCUUCUCCCUGUCGGUGACUGGAAUUGUGGUUUUUCACUCUCCCUCCUCCUCUCUCCAACCCCGAGCUACAUCCUACUUAUCUACUUGGCCGUCUCUUUAAAUUCCUUAAUUUAAUCGCCAUAUUAAUGCACAGGCCUGAAGGUAAUUUAUCAAAACCAGAUAUAUGGUCGCAAAGCCGCCUAUUGAAUUUACCGAUGGGACUUUUUGCAACUCUUCAAAUCAUUCCUAAGGUAGAAAGGAUGAAAAAUAUGAUAUCCUGGUCCAAUUAGAAGAGCGUUAUACAGACUAACUACGCUGACGCUUUAGCUUUCUUAACCAACGUUUCAAAAGCAUUUCUGCUUACUCCGUGUCUCUAAAGCAAAAGCCAACUGCUUACCUCAAGGAGCAGCUGAGGAUGCUUGUUCUAAAUGGAUGUCCAGACACAAAUUUGUUGAUAUUUGCUCACCGCAUAAAAACGCUACAAGUGUCUGUGGGUAUUUCAUGCUUUCCGGCAAAUACUCCAGUUUCAGAGCGUCAAAUUUUAAUCUUGUCACAGAUGUAUGAAGAGGUCUAGGAAUAGUUCCAUGGAAUGACGCCUUCUGAGCAGAGUCCGAGGCAUUUCGGCCGGAGUCGAUUAGCUUUUUUGUAUUAACGUUCAAUUCUCACUUCAAUCGACAAACAGGCAGUCAUGUUCACAGGCUGCAUGAUCUAAGAAGCAAACAACUUGGUCUCACCGACCUUGCUGUUGCACUUAAAAAGUAUUGUGCUAUGUCAACCGUAAGCGGACAAUGGCCUGAGUGACAAGUGAUAUAUUUUUCAGAGGCACUAGCUUUGGCCUUGGCUGUAGUGUUUUAUUCUGAUUCGGAAUUGGGCCUUGCAAUAUUGGCAACUAAUUUGUAUUCAUUAGUGUUUUAAGCACGUUUCCAAGAAGAGGUACUUUGUAGUGUAAGUUUAGAAACGAUCUUCUGAUAAAAUAUUAAAGAAAAUACCUAAGAAAGUGACAAUUUGGAAGCUGCGCACGUACUUACAGAAGUAUAAAACAAACGCCAAAAAGGAAAAGCGUUCCAGACCAUGCAGACCUUAUAUGCUAUAAAAUGAGGUAUUUAUCUCGCCAUUUUAAAUAGCGUGCUUUGGAGCCAAUGAAACGCGUAAUUAUCAGAAAACAGAUUGUUGGAAAAUGUCAACCCUAAAUGCACAGAUAUCCCUGUAUCCUGGCCGCAAAUUCUAAUUCUGAACCGAUAAUCGUUGUCAUCAAACACGAGGUAAUAGCUGUGCCAAGACAGUGGAAUGCUAUGCAUUCUUUCUAUUCCGGCUAAGGCCUUCGAAUCUGAAUUUGACACUUUGAACACGAUGUCGCGUUCUGCGUUUUAUAUGUGUAUGGAGACGUCUUACAAAUAGUUUGCUUAGUUUUUGUGGAAACCCCGUGAGGUGAGAAACUCAGGUUUCUAGAACAAAUAAGAUCUAAGCCAUUAUAGGGGGAUCUAUCUCUCAAAGGAUCAGAUUACAUCUAUGGGGUAACCGAGCGUGCCUAGGAGUAAGAGAAGAACUUAGUCUAUCAGAUCAAACUCAAGUAUCAUAGACAAAGAAGAUCGGAAUUAGAUUUUAAACGCAAGCACUAGUCCUGUUCUCAAAGGAAAAUAAACAUACGAGCAUCCUCAAAAUAAAUUAAGAUUUAUGACUUAGUAGUUACUGCCAAGUGAUAGUUACGAUAAUAUAAACUUAACUUAAUAAAAUUUCACAGGCAUCGCCAAAACCGACACAGUGCGUAUCCGGCGCGCAAUAAAAAAUCUCAUCUAGAAUUCCAAUUUAUGGUAGCGUUUUGUGGAUAGUUUAGGAGAUUAAAUAGUGCGACCCGUAAAAUGGUGUCAAUUCAGAAAUGAAAUGGCCGAAGCUGCAUCGUAUUCAGUCCUCUAUUCUGUACCAUGAUAAUGGGACUGCUAUCCACAAGAUGCGUGGCUACACUCUUGUUCGUUGUCGGCUACAGAGAUUACCCCCUAGGAGGCCGGCAACAUGGUCGGCGUCAUUUUCUACAAGAGGAAAUUGGAAAAAGGAAUCAGGUUUCACGAACAGCGUUAGUACGAAAGAUAAUAAUAAUUUAUUUCUUGCUGUCUAUGGACAGUGUCAGGGAAAGAUAAAGCGCGAAUUUCACAAGCAGUAAACAAUCUGAUAAUUGAAUGAAGGAGUGUUGAAGAAAAAGAAACAUCAGUCAAGAAGAGGAAGGGCAGCACAGCAUUCGCUUUCUUCAGUCGUCAUUUUUAUUUAUGAAGUUUGGACUGUAACAUAAAGAAUAACUGAAGAACAGUUUUCGCUAUUGGGUAAAGCAAUAGUUCUUGGCAACAACGGCCAGGGUGAUUACAGACCGCAGCGCCGUCACAGCGGUGGAUUAAAUCAGUGAUUUCGGCAACCAAAUCAUGUUGGAAAUCUGCUUCAUACACGAAACAAGUAACAUUUCGCUUGAGCAAAGUUUAAUUUUUGAGACGUUUUUACAUUUCUGGACAAUUUAUUCUAAAUUGACAUCACUCUUAAAAAAAUCAUGAUCUUUAACGGAACGUGUAACGCAUUACAAUGGUACACCCUCACAUCCGUUUUUUUAAUUUCGUAAUAUAAACUCUGUGGAUAUACCUGUUUUGGAGUAUUCCAGAGUGCAGGGCUCCGUAAUGUUAAGAAUCUUGGAGUAUGAAACACCCAUAGUCUUAAUAAAUCUGGUGGCAUUUAUGUCAUGACCGUCAAUAACUAGAUGAAAUUAGUGGCCGUCGACAAACACCAUGACUGGGUAUUUAUGCCAAGAAAGACAAAUGCGCCAUUCCGAGACAGAAAAUGCUAUACAAAUUUCUACUGUUAGCUGCUGUCUUAUAUCGUCAGGCAGGCCUUUUGGCACCAUUUGAUAAGCAGUAAUAAGCGGAAUAACUAAUCCAGACAUAAUCUCUCAAUGAGUAGAUUAUGACAUUUGUUAUUAGUAGAACAUAUUAGCAGUGUAAACUAGGUCUUUUGAGUCUACAUUCAAUUGCUCUCUUCUGGAUGUGCAUGUGUGCAUAGACCAUGCGACGGUUACUAACAUAAAAUUAAAACUAUUUUUAUUUCCUUAAUGUUUAUAUGGUUUUAUGAUGUGAACCGUCAGUAUUCGGUAAAGUUCUGGUGAUGGUUCAUCUUAAUGUACUACUAAUCCGUGACCACAAAUUUCUUUUCAAUUGAAUUUGCCCUUCUUCAUUACUUUUUUGAUCAUGGUUAUUGAGAUUGCGCGUUAUACAAUUUACUUUUUGUGUUUAAUAAGCUGUAUGGAGUCUGAUAAAAGCUGAGACACGCGCUUAACAUUUAAUAACACUGUCCUUGCAAAAUAGGAUAGACACAUGAAAUAUCCAUACGAGUGAACAACCUGUGCACUUGAGAUUUUUCUUUGCCUAGUACGAUCUAAACUUCUGAGGAGGAAAAGACUUUAUCUUCGUUUAUACCGUAGUUAUGCUACUGGAGAAUUGCACACAUUACUGUCAAUUGUACGUGCGAGCGUUUGAAACAUGGAGUCGUAGAGGACCCACCGAAUUGACGUGCGACCCCACAAUUUGCAAUUUAUUUGGAGGACAAUGAUCAGUCCCUUAAAGUUUUGCCGAUAGACAUGCCCACGCACGCAGGUGUAAAAAGGGUUACUUCUUACUCAAAUUCAUAAGGUUAGUCCUAGGUAGUAAAAUCAAUAAUUCAAUUUUCUAGAUUAACUUUGGGAUUUUCACAGUGUAAUCCGUCUUCAUAUGUAUUUCGGGGUAUAUUUAUCAAACGAACCUUAACUUUUUUGGAACGAAUUUGUGAAUAUGUUGUUGGAAAAGCAAAGAACAUGAUACAAAUUAUAUAAUUACAUUGAAAUAUUAAAGCUGACUACGUGCAAACACGUGUAUUAAAUGAAAUAGAAUGAUCUGACCUGUUGAAUACAGCACUUAUGAACCGUCGGUGAAGUGUAUUUAUUAAACACUGUCGAGCUUAAAUAUUUCUUUCGGCACAAUUUCCAAGUUUCUGAUGGUAAUCAACUAUUAUUCGGAUGCAGCUUUCUUUGCUUACUUUGAAUGACCGUAUCGCUCGGCAUACGUACUGAUAAAACACUGUCUGGAUUAAAAAUUGCCUGAGUUAAAUUGUUAAAAAUCUGAUGCCAUUUUUCAAACAUGUGAAGGCAUCUGUGAUUAAAAAUUAUUAUUUUACGUGAUAGUUAGAAUAUGUCGUAGGUUAACAUGAUUCAGAAUGGCUGAGUUCAACAUGUUUUAGCAAACGACGCACCACCGCUACCUUCUACUCCCCGAUUAGUGGUCGUUAGUCAACCGGAUGACUGCGAUUUUUUGGAAAAGGAAUAGGUAUGAUGGAGAAUUCACUGUUAGAAACAGGAAGCCGUUAUGCCAUUUAAAAAGAAAACCACACUCAUGGGCGAGGAGGAUGCAUUUCUAGGUAACACAGUACCUGAAAUUUGAUAUUCGGGUUUCCAAACAUAAGGCAAAACGUCUGUUAUUCAUCAGUGAACCAACAAUAAACCACAGCACUCAGGUCUGUAAUGUAGAUGGACAGACCACUGUAAACAUCAAUACACUGUUGAAAAGAUGUUUGACAAAAUGGUGUGCUGCAACUCUAAGCUAACAAAAAUAAGCCUAAACAAUUUUGGAAAUUGUUGUGAGUUGCUAUGCGACUAACGCGAAAUCAUAUGUAAAAUUUGUUUGCCUAGCAUAUCUUUUAAAUGGCAUAGAAUGCAGCAAUGACAAACGAUUUCUGUAAAAGAAAAAAAUGGGAAUGCAUAACAUUUAAACAAUUUCUAAUAUAUAUAUAUAUAUCAGAGCGGAUACGACAGAGUCUAGGGGGUAGAUUGAUACAGCACUGUUUCGGGCUUGUUUGCCUUCAUUCAGCCAAUCAUAACCCUGACCACCUGCAGCUGAUACCGGAAACACAAACAUGCGCACAGACGCACCUGGCGCAGCUGGUCCACCACUGGGGUCUACCAGAUGGGUCAUAAGCACUUCAUCGAACCGAAGUUCAUCAGUGCCUCGCCACCUGCCAUUCGCUGUCGCUGCAGAUCGGGUAUUUAUUCACUCAGGAAUGGGCGCACACCGAUCCAUUGGCUUCCCGAAGCAAACAAGCCUGUUCGUGACCCCUAUCGCCCAUACGAAGCUUGUUUGCUUCGGGAAGCCAAUGGAUCGGUGUGCGUUUUUGCACUUCUUAGACGUUACCAUGACCUGAAGCCUCAGUCACUGCUUCCAAAAGAUCCACCUCGCUACGUACAUAACCACUCUUACAUGAUGAAAAAGCACUUGAAGCUAUACCACUUGGUGCUAAGUUUUGCAUACCUCGUCGAAAGAUUAAUCAGUUAAAAGUGGAAACUAGGUUGCAGAACCUCUUGAAUCUCUGGAUAUGUUGCCCCCUUCCACAGACAAUAUCCACAUAUAAAUCAACACUAGAGAAUUGAAGUUAUCAAUACCUUAAAAGAGGACCAAAAUGUCGAGGAUUGCUGACAAAAGCACACGCGGUGAGCUAAAAAGAACUUCGGGAAAGCAAAAAGAUCUUGAUAGCUAGACCUGACAAAGGAACAGGCAUCGUGAAAAGGAAGAGAUGGAACCAUGUAGCGAAUAUACAGUCCAUACUAUCUAGCCAGAAGAAAUUCAGAAAGAAAAACAAAGAAAAGGAUUGCACUGAUGACUCAGAGGCAACAUUGACAAAAUAUUUAAGAAGGCUCCGCACAGGAGGCCACAUAAGUGAACAUGAUUGCGAACAUCGCCAGCCAGUCGGCACAAACAUCCCUCGAUUAUAUGGUUUACCUAUGGUCCGUAAGGAAGGCUAACCGUUUCGUCCGAUUUUAGAUAUGUCGAACUCUCCGUAUAAUGCGAUAGCUAAGUGUUUGGCAAAGAAAUUUAAGCCAAUAAACUCUCAGCUGGCACCACGCAGCUAUAGAGAUACCUUUCCAUUCAUUAGCGACAUUGAAGACCUCAACCUAAAUGGAAUGACAAUGUUCUCAUUAGACGUUGCAUCACGUUUUACGAUCGUCAAGUCACCAAAACGGUUAAUUAAAUAUGUAAUUUUCUAUCUGUCCAUCAUCAAACAAAUAAAUGUGCGAUUCCUUUUUGAUAACCAACUCGGCGUUGCUAUGCGUUUGCCUAUUGGACAUCUCUUAACCGAUCUCUCUAUGUCAAGCCGCAGAGAUUUCUAUUAAGCACUCAGAUCAGAAGGCUCAAACAUUACGGUCGCUUCUUUGAGGAUAUCUUCGCAAUUGCAACCGCAGAAAACGACGUCGCUGACCUCCUCAAUGCUCUAAACAGAGCACAUCCCUCGAUAAAAUUCACGUUUGAGAUGGAAUCGGCCAGUUCGCUUUCUUUCUUAGAUGUCCUUCUAAACAGGAGAUCUGACGGUAGCAUCCGAAGGAGCGUCUAUCGGAAUUCAACCUGGGUUGGGCGAUACCCGAACUUCGCCUGUUUCAACUCUCCAAUAAAAGCGAAAUCAAGUCAAGUGUCUGGCACAAAGGGCUGGAAACUUUGUUUCAUAGACAGUAUUGAGGAGAAAAUUAGAAAAAUGCAAGGUGUGCUUCGCAAAAACGGGUAUCCUGACAGGUUCAUUGCAAAUAGUCUUGCCAAACGACCCGCAAAACUCGGCACCCUGACCUCCGAAAAUAAAAUGUUGUUCCUCAAAGCCCCGAUCGAAGAGGACGCUGCAAGGGAAGUCCUUAGAACACGCCUGACGAGCCUGUCUCGGGAUACUUCUCAGCAGCAGCAAGGGUUUGCAUAUCAUUCUCUACCAACCCUAGUUUACGCGGAGAAGGCAAAGAAAGGCUGCCAGCUCAGGCCGUCUCAAUGUGCAUUUGCUCUUUCACUUGCUAAUGUGGAGCAGGUUAUAUUGGUCGUGCAAGUCGGCACAUUUCCAAGAGAAUACGAGAGCACCUUCCCGUAUAGCUGACAAACGGUGAAACUAGGAGAAUGGACAUGCGCAUGCAGUUGAUUCAGGGCGUCGUGUAGACCCCGCAGACGCAUUCCUUAUGAUUUCUUGGUCCCGUCGAGGUACCCUAAGCUACUAGGCCAGUGCGUGUUAGCAACAGCAGAAGCGGCCGCUAUCAGGUUACGAAAACCGACCCUAUGCGUCCAUAAGAACCCAGUUCAGGGUUCGCGCUUACCAUGGUCAAAGGUUGACUUACCACGUGCAACUUUCUGCGCCCUUCCGCUCUUGCCUAGCCUGUAAUUUAGGACCUAACUCUUAUCGAUUUUUUACUAAAUGUACUUCGUCAUAUAAAACUGUUAUGGCCUAACGAGACUUUAUCGAAAGCAACGUUUGCUCGCUACCGAUUUUACAACUUAAAAAAACAAUAUUGAUGUGCAUGUUUGUCAAAAUACACUUGAUUUUGUAAAAGGACUUUAGACUCUUAUGAGCAAAAAUUAUACUUAUCGAAAUUUAUUGUCAAAGGGUGCUGUGUUUUGCAAUUUGCCGGAAAGAGGCUUGUCUAAUGGGUGCUUUAAGGACAUAUAUUUAUAAGUACAUUAAACCUUCCGGAUUAUUGGACUCCGGAGCCAUUUAAGACGUCAAAGUAGAUGACAGAUAAAUAGUUGACUGCAACCGUUGUCUUAAAUUCAUUUUAUUCAUAAUAGCUUUUCCGAAAAGCCCUAUCGAUUUUUAAAACUUCCCGGAAUUAUACAUGCCCCACACACUCGAGCAUAAAAUGCAGCUCGAUUCGAUGUAAGCCAACGAACCUACUGUCACUUAUCAAGACGUCCGCAGUUGUCUACAAAAUAAGUUGUUAUGUCGGGGACAAGGGUUUUACGAAAUUCAGAAUAAAAUUUUAGUCAUAAGGUUAGCAAGGUUAGGUGGAUAUAAAGCAACACAAUUUCAAAUAUUUCAGCUUUUUUAUGAUGCUUACUCUGAAAUAUACUUGUUCAUUCGGCUGCAAAAAUCACACUAGACAUACACGGACGCAUACUUAGCAUGAUAAUCCAUAUAAAUUUAAUAUUUUAGACCCAACAUUGUAUAAUCUAAGUGCACAAGCUAGUGGUUUGUGUACUUAUUUGAUAACAGACCGUUUCGCAUCUAGAUAACUUACCUAAAGAAAAUUAUAAUUAUGUUUAAAAAAAGUUAUGAUCGUUUUUAAUACCGUUUAAUGCACGUCUGAAAAAAAACACCUACUCUAUGUAUUCAUUAUGGGCCCACUAAUAAUUGGUGGAUGCUAUGAGGCACGCUCUGACUAUUCCACAGGAAUAUAUGACAUAACUUGCAGGGAAGAUGUGCAGCAAGUAGAUCUAAACGCACAAUCAGUAGCAAAGCAAGUCCAAAAACAAUUCAGAAGCCAAAAGUCUGCUCUUACACCACAACUCUUCCAUUUUCGUGUAUAAUUUGUAGAAAGAAUGAUGCAAAUUAUUUAGAAAACACAACUUCAAUUUUUUUUCCGUAAAUAUGCACAGUUUUGCCUUUGGGGAGGCAAGCGUAAUCGGCCGAGCCAGCGACAAGAUGGCCGGAUUGCUUCUUGAAAGUUGGUCCCCAGUGGACACAAUCAACAGAGCCAUUUAUCUUCAUCCGGCUUAUCAGGCACUUCGAGGCUCCAGUCAGCUCGGACGGGACCGCACGCACUGGCGAGCAAAUCACAGCUCUCUCAGCAGUUGUCACCUUCACAGCGGGGGGACAGAGGCAGCCGGGCGUCAGACGACCGACGCGAGACAUUGACCCACUGACGCGCCCAAACAGCCGACUGCUAUUCCCAAAUACAACGGCAGCUGAUCAGCGCGUCAAAUUAUGGGGGGAGGCCCAACGGCCAAACGGAUCUAGCAGCGGCAAAAGCGACCGGGCAGGGGGCAGAGGUCACACCAGCACCCCGGAGGUCGGCCACGGAGAGACCUAA